AUGGGUGGUUUUAAUAUUCCAAUAUUAAAUCAUGAUACGGAUUGGGUCAAGGAUUGGAUUGAACGUACAACCAAACCAAUUGAAGUACAAAAAAAAUUAGUUCUUGUUGUUGUGUCAAUUGCUUUAUUAUUAGAUAAUAUGUUAUAUAUGGUUAUUGUACCAAUAAUACCAAAAUAUUUAAGAGAUAUUCAUGCAUAUGAAGAGACAUAUGAAGAUUAUACUAAUGAAACAAGGAAACUACAAAAUGGUAGUAUAUUAGUAUUACAAAGUGGUGGGCAUGUUGAUUACCUUAAUGAAGAAAUUGAAUUAGGAUGGUUAUUUGCUUCAAAAGCAUUACUUCAAAUAUUUGUGAAUCCUUUAUCUGGUUUUAUAAUUGAUAGAGUUGGUUAUGAAAUACCAAUGAUAAUUGGUUUGGUUGUUAUGUUUAGUUCAACUGCAAUUUUUGCUUUAGGAAGAAGUUAUGGUGUAUUAUUUUUUGCUAGAUCUUUACAAGGUUUUGGAUCAGCAUUUGCAGAUACAUCAGGUUUAGCUAUGAUUGCUGAUAGAUUUACAGAAGAAUCAGAAAGAUCAGCUGCAUUAGGAAUAGCAUUAGCAUUUAUAUCAUUUGGAUGUCUUGUUGCUCCACCAUUUGGAUCUGUUUUAUAUUCAAUGGCAGGAAAACCUGUACCAUUUUUAAUAUUAGCAUUAGUUUGUCUUAUUGAUGGAUUUUUAGUUUUUAUGGUUAUUCAACCUAAACAACGUGUUAUUGAUACAAUUGAUAAUUUAAAAAGUGGUGAGAAAAAAAAUGGUACUCCAAUGUGGAGAUUAUUUAUGGAUCCAUUUAUUGCUGUUUGUUCUGGAGCAUUAAUAAUGGCAAAUAUUUCUCUUGCAUUUUUAGAACCAACAAUUACAAAUUGGAUAACAGAAACUAUGCCUGAUACACCUGAUUGGAUGAUGGGAAUGAUAUGGCUUCCAGCAUUUUUUCCACAUGUUUUAGGUGUAUAUGUAACAGUUAAACUUUUAAAACUUUACCCACAUUCAUCGUGGAUACUUGCUGCUGUUGGAUUAGCAAUGGAAGGUAUCAGCUGUGCUGUUGUACCAUUCAUGACGUCAAUGUGGGAACUUAUUAUUCCUUUGAGUACAAUUUGUUUUGGAAUUGCAUUAAUAGAUACAUCACUUCUUCCAUUAUUAGGAUAUCUUGUUGAUACAAGACAUGUUUCUGUUUAUGGAAGUGUUUAUGCAAUUGCUGAUAUUUCAUACAGUUUGGCAUAUGCAUUUGGUCCUAUAAUAGCUGGUAGUAUCGUUCAUAAUGUUGGAUUUUUAGCAUUAAAUAUUUUAAUUUGUGUAUUAAAUGUUGGAUAUACACCUGUACUAUUUAUGCUUAGAAAAGUAUAUAAUUAUGAAACAAUUAAUGGAAAUAUUCAAGAAAGUCAAAAAUUAACAAACAUUGAUAAACCAAAAGUACCAACACCAUUAAAUAGUAAUAGUCAAGAAAAGUUUACUGGAAGUUAUCAAUAUAAUGAUAAUUGGGCAGAAGGAUAUGGUGGUGCCGGAAGUAAUAACUAUACAUCCAAUGAAUUUCAAGCUAAACAGUAUCAACCGACGCAGGAAAAUCUGAAUAAUACUAAUGAUCCUUUCAAUGUUCAAUGGUGA